UACUUCGCGCUUGCAGCAGACAGACCAAAGUGGAUGGUUGUUGGUGCAUUGAAGGCGGCUGUUUUCUUCGUUGUAUUAAGUUCUGGUUCGUUGAGCGCCUUCCUAACCCGGAUGGCGAACGAGCGGCUCCGAGUCCUGGAGGAGGUGGAGAAGGACAUCGCGGUGGUCCUGCAGUGUGCUGGAAACAUUGUUCUGGAGCUCUCCAAAGACAAACACAACGCCAGCCACCUGGACAGGCAACUGGUCCAGUUCCAGACGUCAAUCAGUCGAGUGGAGAAUGAACUGGGCGCCCAGAUCCGCUACCUCACACAGGUAGCUACUGGCCAGCCGCACGAGGGCUCCACUUACUCAACCAGGAAGGACUGUCAGAUGUCACUGAACAGAGCUGAGUAUGCAAAGGUCAAGCUGGGAGAACUGGGUCGGACAUGUGAAGCCAUGCUGGAGCAGCAGCAGCAGCAGAUAUGACAGAACAGAGGCCACGUGUCUGCCAGCUGUUACCGUGGUCACCGGGUUCACAGCAGCAGCUCCCUGUGUUGGGUGGGACUGUGUGUCAGUAUGGUGCUUAAAACUGUUGGAGUGAUACAAACCAAGACGCUGCACAAAAGGCAGGCUUUUGAGUCAUUAAAUAGUGGGGGGUUUUUUAAACAUAAAACUUUCAUUUUGUAAUUGUAAUUUUAGGUUAUGCAGCAUUCAAUAAACUUGUAAAUUUUUGUACAUCUUCUACAAGUUCCAAGUUCCAACAAUUCCUUUCUUGUGGGCGGACUGCGACAUCAACGUCGCUGGCUGAGAACUUCCUGUGUUCAAGUGAUUCUCACCUCAGUAAAAACGGCUUUUCCAAUGAAAUACGAUCUUGGUGAACAGAA